CCGCUCUGCAAUGGUUAACUAGGCUUGGGCUUCAGCCUAUGUUGUCUGAAUAACUGAAGUGAAAAACGUUGCAUAUUGUCCAUCUUCAAGUGCAGCAACAACGCGGCUGGGGGGACGCGGAGAGAAAAGCAUACUAUGACCCCUAUUCUAAACUAUCACGACCCAGUCAAAAGCUCACUUCAUCAGCCCCUCCAUGAAGCCUCAAUGAAGCCCAGCUCGCUCCCCUCCAUGCUCUUGAUGCCCAGGAACUCGUACCGCUCGUUUGCCUCGGCAAACAGCCUCUCGUAGGCCUCGGCCUGCCGGUCCUUCGCGUUGAAGUUGGCGAGCAUAACCAGGUCCAUGUACCUCUUCUCCCUCUCCAUGGCCCGCGGCCUCCAACGGCGGCAUCACGCUGUCCAUGGCCGGGACUCGCGCGCCCUUGUCGAGCGCCGCUGUAAAGGUCCGCAAGAUGUGCACGCAGUACUUGUCCGGCCAGUUGUGGAAGACCCAGCGGAAGAGCUACACCUUGGCGCCCCUGGCGGGUUGCGCGUCGAGGAACGAGUGCGCCAGGAGCUCGACGGGGAGGUGGGUGACUUUCGGCGCCGUGGCAAUUGUCUGCGGGAGGCCCUACUCGCUGUCAGCUCUUCCAUCGAAAGCACCAUGUUCUCGUUAUUUGGCUCCGUUCCCGUGAUCUUGACUCACCUGCACGAGAAAUCUCAGAUGCGGGAACCUGCUCGCAGCAGCCGCCGCCGCAGCGAAACCCCGUCGCGCUUGUCAAUCAUGUUCAUGGCCGUCUGCGCGCGUCCUGCCCUCGCCGGCUCGCGCUCUAGGACCUUGAACCACGUUGUUGGCUUCUCCUCUGCGCCCUGCAGAGCGGCGUGCAGAACGCUCGCCGCCGCGUCAGCAGGCUCGUCCGCCCGCGGGUGGCGCGCCAGCGCCUCCGCGAUGAACCGCACGUGCAGCCCGUUGUCCGGGGUCCGGAGGCCUAGCACACAUUUUCGACGAUGGAAUCUGUUGCCUACAGCCGGCUUGCCGUCGAGUGCGUGACGUGGCCCCGGCUUGGCUCGCGGAAGACGCGGUAGAGCACUGGGGGGCGCACCAUCGUCUCCAGCGGCGACUGCGCGAGGCCCGUCCGCCGCGCGAGCUCCGCGUACGUGAUGCCCUCAUCGUCGCCGAGCGGGACCGCCCGCGGGGGCGCGAAGCGGAAGACGGUGGCGGCGUCGGUUUUGGCGUUUUUGGAGAAGUUCAUGAGUAUCGCGCGGGGGCCCUGGACGAGCUCGUGCAACUGAAGCGCGGCAUCUUGCAGCGAACGGCAAGCCGCCUGGAUAUCUGCCGGGAGGGCAUCCGUGUGUCGAGAGUCUGCCCG